AUGACUGGAAUUAAGGAUUUGAAAUUGUCAUGCUGGAUGUUGCUGCCGGUUGGUGGGUUGGGGAUGAAUUCUUCGAUGGAUGAUAUGAACUUAAUUCAACAUGCACAGAGGCAUCACCUGGUGGUUAGGGAGCUAGGAGAAGAAAUUGACUUGGAAAUUGGGCCUGGGGAUGAUGACCCCUCCUUUGUGCAGACCCCUCUCAUUGGUGUGCCACCACGAGAAUCUUCUUCCGCUGAAGAGCACGAUGAGAGCAAAGAGAUGGUUAUGGUUUCUCAACAACCAUUUGGAGAUCAAGACUUGGCAAAGACACAACAGGUGAAAAGAAAAAAGAAGGUUGUGAAAAGAUGGAGAGAGGAAUGGGCCGAUACAUACAAGUGGGCUUAUGUAGAUGUGAAGGAAGGAACAGCAAGGAUAUUCUGCUCUGUUUGCAGAGAGUAUGGUAGAAAGCAUAGGAGGAAUCCUUAUGGAAAUGAAGGCAGUAGGAAUAUGCAGAUGAGUGCACUAGAGGAGCAUAACAACAGUUUGCUUCACAAAGAGGCUCUUCGCUUGCAAAUGGCUUCCAAAGAUAAGAUUAUUGUUGAUAAACCAAUAUAUGUAAAAGCUCUUAUGUCAAAAACGGCUGGAUCAAUUGUUGAAGCUGCAUUGAAGAGGGAUCCUCAUGAGGUUGAGUUCAUACAGUCUGUCCAAGAAGUGGUUCAUGCUUUAGAAAGAGUAAUUUCAAAAAACUCCAAUUAUGUCAAUACAAUGGAGCGCUUGUUAGAACCUGAGCGUAUGAUUCUUUUCCGGGUUCCAUGGGUUGAUGAUAGGGGUGAAACACAUGUCAAUCGAGGAUUUAGAGUUCACUUCAACCAGACAUUGGGUCCAUGUAGAGGUGGACUCCGUUUUCAUCCGUCAAUGAACUUGAGUAUUGCCAAGUUUCUUGGUUUUGAACAGACCCUAAAGAAUGCCUUGUCUCCAUACAGACUAGGAGGGGCAUCGGGUGGAAGUGAUUUUGAUCCCAAAGGGAAAAGUGAUAACGAGAUCAUGCAGUUUUGUCAGAGUUUUAUGAACGAGUUUUAUCGUUAUUUAGGUCCUGACAAGGAUCUUCCUUCAGAGGAGAUGGGUGUCGGUCCUCGUGAAAUGGGCUAUCUAUAUGGACAGUACCGACGUCUAGCUGGUCAUUCUCAGGGCAGUUUUACAGGGCCAAGAGUAAACUGGUCUGGUGCCAGCCUUCGAACUGAAGCUACCGGCUAUGGAUUGGUUUUCUUUGCACAGCUUAUACUUGCAGAUAUGAAUAAAGAACUGAAGGGACUAAGAUGUGCAGUUAGUGGUUCUGGAAAGAUUGCAAUGCAUGUCUUAGAGAAGCUUAUUGCUUAUGGUGCUCUUCCCAUCACUGUGUCAGAUUCAAAAGGUUAUUUGAUGGAUGAGGAUGGUUUUGAUUACACGAAAAUAACAUUUCUGAGAGAUAUCAAAGCUCAACAGAGAAGUUUAAGAGACUAUUCAAAGACUUAUGCUCGCUCUAAGUACUAUGACGAAGCAAAGCCUUGGAAUGAAAGAUGUGAUGUCGCAUUUCCUUGUGCCUCACAGAAUGAGAUUGAUCAAUCUGAUGCAAUUAAUUUGGUGAACUCAGGUUGUCGUAUACUUGUAGAAGGUUCAAACAUGCCCUGUACCCCUGAAGCAGUUGAUGUUCUGAGGAAGGCUAAUGUUGUAACUGCUCCUUCUAUGGCGGCUGGUGUUGGUGGAGUUGUUGCUGGGGAACUGGAACUAAAAGAAUGCAAUAUGAACUGGUCCCCUGAUGACUUCGAAGCUAAGCUACAGGAAGCAAUGAAGCAGGCAUAUCAAAGAGCUCUCAAAGCAGCAACUGACUUUGGAUAUCAGAAAGAGAGCCCUGAGUAA